AUGACCAUAUCAAGCACGCCCAACCAGCCUCCAAAACAGACUGUCAUUCUGGAAGGAGAUGAUCUGCGUCUCCAGAUUGACGACAAUGUCCCCCUUCCCGUCCUUCGACCGAACGAGGUGCUCGUCCGCACAAUGGCGGUUGCCAUAAAUCCCUGCGAUUACAAGAUGCACGAAAGAUUCCCCUCCCCGGGUGCCAUUGACGGAUGUGACUUUUCCGGUAUCAUUUUAGCCAUUGGAUCCACCGUACCCAGCUUGGGGGUGUCUUUCGAAAUAGGCGAUCGAGUAUUCGGUGCGGUGCAUGGCUCAAACCCCAUCCGACCUGAAUCAGGCUCGUUUGCCGAGUACAUAGCCUCAGAGGCACAAUUUACCCUGAAGAUUCCAGACUCGAUGUCCUUUGAGGAAGCCGCGGCACUGGGGGGAACAGGACUGGCGACGCUGGGCAUGGCGCUCUUUCGUACGCUAGAAUUACCAGGAACGCCCGAGGAACCAGCCCAGAAGCCGCAAACCGUACUGGUUCACGGAGGAAGCUCCUCGGUUGGGACGAUGGCGAUGCAAUUACUGCGCUUGGUUGGUCACGUUCCCAUCACGACAUGUUCCCCACGAAACUGGGCCCUCGCCAAAGAUUACGGAGCAGAGGAAGUGUUCGACUACCACGAGCCUGAAUGCGCGCAGAAGAUCAAAGCCCACACCCGCAACACUCUUCGCUACGUGCUUGAUCCGUUCACCGACGCUAGAAGUAUUGCACUCUGUUGCGGGGCCAUGGGCCGCGCUGGCGGACGAUAUGCCUGCCUGGAGAUGCAUCCGGAGUAUCUGUUGGAGAGGCGCACAGUCAAGGUUGGUUUUGUGAUGGGUCCGGCACUACUUGGGCAUCGGUUGGAAUUGGACUACGGGUAUGAGCGAGAAGCAGAUCUUGAUAUGCGUCAGUUUGGAGUCCGCUGGUAUCGGAGCAUCCAAUGGCUGUUGGACCACGGUCGAUUGCGGCCACAUCCUCUGAGGGUGCUUCCGGGGAGGUUUGAUGCCAUCCUUCAGGGGAUUGAGAUGCUGAAGAGCAAGAGCGUGUCAGGCGAGAAGUUAGUCGUUGUCAUUGGCAAGUAG